AUGAAGGAUAUUUCAGUACAGUUUUUCUUAUUGGGGGUACAACAUUUGAAUAGUCUGGAGAAUGAUGUCAAGAACAUGUAUGGUAAGUUGAUGUUUUUUCUUCUCCUAAACCACAUGUACUGUUUGUAGUUGAUCAUCUUAACAACAAGAUAAUCUAUUCACGAAUGUGAUAUUUAUACAAGAUCAAACUUGUGUGUUUUGAUAAACAGUUAUGUUGUGAAAGGACUAGUGAUGGAAAAAGUACCCAAUUGUCAUACUUGAUUAAAAGUAAAGAUACCUUAAUAAAAAAUGACUCAAGUAAAAGUAAAAGUCACCCAGUAAAAUAAUACUUGAGUAAAAGUCUAAAAGUAUUUGGUUUUAAAUAUACUUAAGUAUAAAAAGUAAAUGUAAUUGCUAAAAUUACUUAAGUAUCAAAAGUAAAAGUAUAAAUCAUUUCAAAUUCCUUAUAUUAAGCAAACCAGAUGGCACCAUAUAUAUAUAUAUAUAUAUAUAUAUAUAUAUAUAUAUAUAUAUAUAUAUAUAUAUAUAUUAUUAUUAUUUUAUUAUUUUAUUUUUUACGGAUAGCCAGGGGCUCACUCAGACAUCAUUUACAAACGAAGCAUGUGUGUUUAGUGAGUCGGCCAGAUCAGAGGCAGUAGGGAUGACCAGGGAUGUUCUCUUGAUAAGUGCGUUAAUUUGACCAUUUUCCUGUCCUGCUAAGCAUUCAAAAUGUAACAAAUACUUUUGGGUGUCAGGGAAAAUGUAUGGAGUAAAAAGUACAUUAUUUUCAUUAGGAAUGUAGUGAAGUAAAAGUAAUCAAAAAUAUAAAUAGUAAAGUAGAAUACAAAUAGCCCAAAUAACUACAUAAGUAGUACUUUAAAGUAUUUUUACUUAAGUACUUUACACCACUGGAAAGGACCCAUGUUUAAUUCUCUUGUUUCAGGUUGGUUCCGUCAACUCUUAGUGAAACCUAAAAAAGAGUAUCCACAGAGCAGCUCCUCUCCACAUGUACCGGUCAGGGCCCCAUCCCCUUCUGUUGAUGGUGCCUCAUCAUUGGCUCCCACUUCCACUCCUAACCCACCACCACCCUUUCUGAGUUCCAUGAUUCGUUGGAGCCAGACCUACGACUUGUGUGUGUGCCAUAGCCCUGUGGACAUCGAAGAAGCCAUCCAUCUGGCCUCAUAUCUGGAGAACCCGGCAUGUGGCCUGCGCUGUUUCCUGCGGCAACGUGACGCCAGCGUGGGGGGUGCCAUCACCACCGAGCUAUGCCAGGCUGUGCAGAGCAGCCAUUGCUGGGCCUUUCUCAUCACCCCCAACUUCCUGCUGGAUGACUGGUGCCAGUACAUGAUGCACCAGGCGCUGUCUGAGGGGCCCAUGUCCAACCGGAUCAUUCCCCUGGUCCUCAACCUGUCUUACUCUCAGUACCCAAAGGAGCUACGCUUUUACUACUACAAAGACCUGAGCAAGAACCCAGAGCGAGGCUACACACAGGUGUACAAGACAGUGCUGAAGUGUGAGUAGUAAAAGUCUGGUACAGACUUCCUUUGCAAUUCUUCAGCUAUUAUGAGUCUGUGUGGUUGUUGACAAAGAGUAAUCUGUCAACAACAACUAAAGACAUGUUCAAAUCUAUGGCUGAAUAA